CCCGCAAUCGGCAACUGCACAGCGACAGCGACAGACGAAACAGGUACGAUGCCGCAAGGUGCCACACCCGUCACGAUGCCGCGGCCACGUCGGCUCGAUCAAGCUCGGCGUCGUCGCUGCAGCGGCGAAGCGCUUCACCACGACUGAACUACAUAUUUCGCUCUAUCGUGGGGGGCCGUCCACGUCGGCCGAGCAAAAUGAGGCUUCUAUGCCUCCUCGCGUCCGCGGGCACGGCAUGCCUCGCCCCCGCAGCGGCACUGGCCCAGGUCGGGAGGAGGCCGACCCGCAAGGCGGCGGCAGCGGCCGGCGAGGGCGUGUCUGAGGCGGACACCCAGGUCGUGGAUGCCAUGAAGAGCUGGAUCCAGGAGGCCAAGCAGGCGUCCCAGGACCUGGAGAAAGAGAUCAAAUACGAGGAGAGCGACUUUGGGCAGGCCGUGCCGAAGGGCGAGGAGGAGAGGAGGCUGGAGAGGCUUGGAGACCUCCUGGACGAGGUCGACCCCAAGAACGCGUCCGAGAUGGCCGACCUGGCGGCGGCACUGGCUCAGGCCAGGAGGAGGCCGAGUCGCAAGGCCGCUCGCAAAUCCAGCAAGGACGUGUCUGAGGCGGACUCCAAGGUCGCAGAGUCCGUGAAGAGUUGGGUCCAGGACGCGAAGCAGGCGUCUCAGGACUUUGAAAACGAGGCUAGGUACGAGGAGAGCGACUUUGGGCAGGCCGUGCCGAAGGGCGAGGAAGAGAAAAAGUUGGAGAGGUUGGGAGACCUCCUGGAUGGGGUUGACCCCAAGAACGCGUCCGAGAUGGCCGACCUGGCGGCGGCAUUGGUUGACCCCAAGAACGCGUCCGAAGUGGCCAGCCUCGUUGCAAAAUUGGCCCAGGCCAGGAGGAGGCCCAGCCGCAAGACAGCCCGAGUUCCCAGCGAGGGCGCUCGCGAUGCGGACUCCAAGGUCGUGGAAGCCAUGAAGAACUGGACGCAGGAGGCCAAUCAGGCGUCCCAGGACCUGGAGAAGGAGAUCAAAUACGAGGAGAGCGACUUUGGGCAGGCCGUGCCGAAGGGCGAGGAGGAGAGGAGGCUGGAGAGGCUUGGAGACCUCCUGGACGAGGUUGACCCCAAGAACGCGUCCGAGAUGGCUGACCUGGCGGCGGCACUGGCUCAGGCCAGGAGGAGGCCGAGUCGCAAGGCCGUUCGCAAAUCCAGCGAGGACGUGUCUGAGGCGGACUCCAAGGUCGCAGAGUCCGUGAAGAGCUGGGUCCAGGAGGCCAAGCAGGCGUCUCGGGACUUUGAAAACGAGGCUAGGUACGAGGAGAGCGACUUUGGGCAGGCCGUGCCGAAAGGCGAGGAAGAGAAGGGCCUGGAGAGGUUGAGAGACAUCCUGGACGGGGUUGACCCCAAGAACGCGUCCGAGAUGGCCGACCUGGCGGCGGCAUUGGAUGAUCCCAAGAGCGCGUCCGAAUUGGCCGACCUCGUCUCAAAAUUGGCCCAGGCCAGGAGGCCCAGCCGCAAGACAGCCCGAGUUCCCAGCGAGGACGCACGCGAUGCGGAUUCCAAGGUCGUGGAGGCCAUGAAGAACUGGACGCAGGAGGCCAAGCAGGCGUCCCAGGACUUGGAGAAGGAGAUCAAAUACGAGGAGAGCGACUUUGGGCAGGCCGUACCGAAGGGCGAGGAAGAGAAGAGGCUGGAGAGGCUGGGAGAUCUCCUGGACGAGGUUGACCCCAAGAACGCGUCCGAGAUGGCCGACCUGGCGGCGGCACUGGCCCAGGCCAGGAGGAGGCCGACCCGCAAGGCAGCGGCAGCUUCCAGCGAGGACGUGUCUGAGGCCGAUUCCAAGGUCGUGGAUGCCAUGAAGAGCUGGGUCCAGGAGGCCAAGCAGGCUUCUCAGGACCUGGAGAGGGAGACCAAGUACGAGGACAGCGACUUUGGGCAGGCCGUGCCGAAGGGCGAGGAAGAGAAGAGGCUGGAGAGGCUAGGGGACAUCCUGGACGAGGGCGAGGAAGAGAAGAGGCUGGAGAGGCUAGGGGACAUCCUGGACGAGGUUGACCCCAAGAACGCGUCCGAGAUGGCCGACCUGGCGGCGGCACUGGUUGACCCCAAGAACGCGUCCGAGAUGGCCGACCUGGCGGCGGCACUGGCCCAGGCCAGGAGGAGGCCGACCCGCAAGGCAGCGGCAGCUUCCAGCGAGGACGUGUCUGAAGCGGACUCCAAGGUCGUGGAUGCCAUGAAGAGUUGGGUCCAGGAGGCCAAGCAGGCUUCUCAGGACCUGGAGAGGGAGACCAAGUACGAGGACAGCGACUUUGGGCAGGCCGUGCCGAAGGGCGAGGAAGAGAAGAGGCUGGAGAGGCUAGGGGACAUCCUGGACGAGGUUGACCCCAAGAACGCGUCCGAGAUGGCCGACCUGGCGGCGGCACUGGCCCAGGCCAGGAGGAGGUCGAAUCAUAAUGCGGCUAUCAAGUCCAGCGUGGACGUCCAGAAGGGUGAGGAAGAAAAGCGGUUGCAGAGCUUGGCCGAAGCGGACGCUAAGGUCGUAGAGGCCAUGCAAAGAUGGGUCCAGGAGGCCAAGCAGGCUUCGCAGGACCUAGAGAGGGAGACCGAGAAGAGCGAUGUUGCGGAGUCCGCGCCGAAGGGCUGGAAAAGAGUUCAGAAGCAGCUGGAAGAAAAGAGGUUGGAGAGGUUGGGGCGCAUUCUGGACGGGGUGGACCCUGCGAACGAGUCCGAGAUGGCCGACCUCGCUGCGGCACUGGUGGACCCCAAGAACACUUCCGACGUGGCCGACCUCGUAGCGAAGCUGGUCCGGGCCAGGAACUCGAAGGCAAUGAGCCGGCAGGAAACGAGCAACCAGCUCGAAUCCGCCAUCGACGCCGCGAUCAAAGACUUCCCCGAGGAUGUCCUGCCGGCUCAGAUGGAGAAGAUCCUGGAGCGGGUGCAGGGCCUGAUCGACCAGACGGACCCCGCGAACCGGAGCCAGCUGGCCCACCUCGCGGCGCCACUGGCCAGGCCCAGCUACAUCACCAACCGCAUCGGCAUGCCGCCGACGCACUCCGAGCAGGAGUGGACAGAGACCGACACCGCGGACUUCUGGAGCUGGCUGGAGGAGGCGCAAGCGGCGAACGACAACCCAGAGAGGGAUUUCGAGUCGGCGGAGGACAGCUCCUACCCUGCCAAGCUGGGGCAUAGCACGGUCGAGCUGAGGAAAAUUGGCUCGAAAGGUAUGGGAGGAAAUUGAGGAAGUCCUGCACGGGGCCGCCGGAGCCGACGUCAUGAUGUCGCGCGCUACGGGAGAAUCAUCUCGCGCACGCGAGCUGGCCAGGUGAGACACUGUGUCUGACGCCGCAGCGGCCGUUCUCUGGGCAGCAAUGAGCGGUGCCCCCCCCCUGUGUGGGGUUGACUGCCUUGUCUCUGGGCAGCAGCGAGCGGUGCCCCCCAGUGUGGGUUCACAAAGGCGAAGGCAGGAGGAGGGA